AUGCAGGCCCGCCCCUGCACGAAACGUCUUUUGCAUAAAAGCUACGUUUCUGGUGCAUUAUUUGCCCCGUCAAUUUUGAUUAGUUUAUGGUUUUAUUCGGUAAUCGCAGUAGCUUGAAGUCGUGGUCUGCUACAGCUCCAGAUCUCUAGGAUUGGAAGGAGGGUAUGGCAUUCAGAAACCUGAGAUAAAGCAGCCCCUCAUCUCCGAAGCGGCGAGUAGCAGUUGCUCAAAUGGCGACAAAGAAGGAUCCGUUUUGAUGGUUCUUCUCAGCACCUUUGUUGCAGUUUGUGGUUCUUUUCAAUUUGGUUGUGCAUUGGGUUUUUCGUCUCCAACACAAUCAGCGAUUAGGAAUGAGCUUGGCCUCUCAUUAUAUGAGUACUCUGUUUUUGCAUCCAUCUUGACAAUUGGUGCAAUGGUUGGGGCGCUAAUGUGCGGGAGCCUAGCCGAUUACACUGGUCGAAAAGGGGCAAUGAGAAUAGCAGCCAUCUUUUGCCUCACGGGAUGGGUAGCGACUGGCGUUUCUAAGGAUGCAUGGAUUCUAGAUCUUGGAAGACUAUCUGUGGGAUAUGGAAUCGGUGUUUUCUCUUAUGUGGUUCCAGUGUACAUAGCUGAGGUAGCACCCAAGGACCUUAGAGGAGGUCUCGGAACAAUGAAUCAACUAAUGGUCGGUUUUGGAAUCUCAACUGUGUACUUACUAGGAACAAUUUUGACCUGGCGUACACUUACUUUAACUGGGAUAAUUCCAUCCUUGAUGCUACAACUAGGUCUCAUUUUAAUUCCGGAAUCUCCUAGAUGGCUGGCAAAAGUUGGAAAGCAAAGUGAAUGUGAACUAGCAUUGCAGAGACUACGGGGGAAGGAUGCCAAUAUUUCUAAAGAAGCAGCUGACAUUGAAAAGGCCACUAUCGUACAGGACUCCAUCAAAAUUAUUGAUAGCCUUCCACAGGCCAAACCGCUAGACUUGUUCCAAAGGAAAUACGUGUAUCCACUCACUGUAGGAGUUGGCCUUAUUUCCCUGCAACAAUUUGGUGGAAUGAAUGCAAUCAGUUUCUAUGCCAGUGAAACAUUUGUUUCUGCAGGAUUCUCAAGUACAGUUGGCACUAUCUUGCUGGCUGUUAUGCAGGUUCCAGCAUCAUCAAUCGGUGCACUUCUGAUGGAUAGCUAUGGAAGGCGGCCUCUUCUAAUGAUAUCUGCAACAGGGACAUGCAUAGGUUGCCUUUUCACUGCAAUAUCAUUUGUGCUUAAGGACCUUGAUCAAUCAGAAAAAAUUUCCCCAAUACUAGCACUUUCUGGCAUCCUGGUUUUUGAGACAUCGGUCGCAUUGGGCAUGGGUGGGAUACCAUACAUUAUAAUGUCUGAGAUAUUCCCCAUCAAUGUGAGGGGAUCAGCCGGGAGCCUCGUGAGCUUCACACACUGGUUCGGUUCUUGGGUCAUCACAAUUACCUACAGCUCCCUCAUGAGCUGGAGCAAAUCAGGCACAUUCUUCAUAUACACUGGAGUUUGUGGGGCGACUGUGUUAUUUGCUGCCAAGCUGGUUCCGGAAACAAAGGGGCGAACACUUGAAGAAAUACAGGCUUCCAUUGAGCACUCUUCUCCCUGAAGAGCUCAGUCAACUGUGGACAUGGUCAAGCUUGCUUGCAUGAUUAAAGGAUAAACGUGAGUCUGGUUUGAGCAUGACUCAUGCUUGGUUUGAGCCUAAACCACAUAGCUUGAGCUUGGUUUGAUUAAGGAUUGUUAAGUUUGAGGUUGGUUUCGCAUGUUCAUGUAAGCAUGCCAGCCAUAAAGAAGCAAUUAAUCGAGCCGCAUCAAACUUACAAACAAGCCAAACAUGAGCCGCCAUAAUGCAAAGUAUAUUUCAAAUUUACAUGUAUAAAUGUGAAAUAUACCUCGCAUUAUAGCGGCUUAUGUUUGGCUUGUAUGUAAGUUUGUUGUGGCUCUAUUAAUUGCUUGUUAAUGACUGGCAUGCUUACAUAAACAUGCAAAAUGAAAUCAACCUCAAGCUUAACUGCCCUUAAUCAAACCAAGCUCAAGCUAUGUGCUAUGGCUCAAGCCAAACUCAAGUUUAUCCUUUAAUCAUGCAAGCAAGCUUGAGCAUGUCCAAACCAAGCUCAAGGUGUGACGAUGAUGUAUAUGUGAUAUUAAUAUAUACUACUAAUUAUAUAAAAUAUAUGGACAUGGAUUCUACAAGUCGUUGGACACAUAUGUAGAAAUGUACCCCUCUUAAUAAUCCGUUCUUGAAAUAGAUUUGGCCCUAAUUUUU